AUGGAUAACUUAAGACAUAACAAUCUGAAGCUUAAGUUAAAAUUGAUUUCUUCAAAGAAGUCUAUUUCAUUCAUAUUAGAAAAAACUAAAUUAAAAGAAUUAGAAAAAUUGUCAGAGGUUGUAAAUCUUGACAAGUUUCUGCUCAACAUAAUUGAAGAUUUUCCAAAAAGUAGGACGAGAGAAAACGUAAAUUUUAACGCAUUACUUAAUGAAUUAUAAAAUAUUGAAAUCACAGAUUUAGACUUUGAAAAUAACUUAUCCAAGUAAAAAGGAAUACUUAAAUAUCACAUAUUUAAAUAAGGUUGGAAUGAAAAACUGAUCGAAUAAGAAGAAAAAGAUUUAGAGUUAAUUGAGAAUGGAUUUGGAGAAUUAUUCACCAAAGAAUCUGCUCCCAAAUAAAUUUCUGUGGAAAAUAUUAAGAAAAUAUUUGAAGAUGGUUCCUAUAAAAAGGAUUUAAGGAGUUGCUCAUUAGUUUAAUAAAAAGGCAUAAACUUUUAAUUUGUUCAUACGUCUAUCUAAGAGUUCUUUGUAGCGGCUAAUUUAUAUGGCAUAUUAGUUUUAUUUAAAGAUUUUCGAAGCCUAAUAUUCAAUUAGAUACUAAUCUAACAUCUAAAAGAAAACAAUUAUGAUCAAAAUUUUUUAGAAUAUCUAUAAAAUCAAAUAAAUUAAUAAAAUCUAAUUAUAGGUGAAGUUUCAAUUAGGAAUGAUAAAAAAAAUAUUGAAUAAACUCUUGAUCAUUUGAGAGCUUUGAAAAAACAUAAAUUUUUGCCAAGAAAAUUAUUCUACUGA